CGAAUUGUGCCAGUGUCGAAGUGGUUAGAAAUGUAAUAAAAAAAUGUUUCCGCAAAUUAAGCAAAUUUUUCAAGACGAUUAAUCAACAAAAUCGGUGGAUCAUAUUACCGAUUACAGUUUUCUGUAACCGUGAACUGUCAAUUGUGACCUGUCAAGGCAUGGAUUUGAUCGAUUCGGACGAAGAACCUCUCCUAGAAGUAACAAGAGUGACGGUUUUGACGGACAACAAAGUUCACACAAAUGAGGUUAGGACAAGAGAGGUUAGGAAAGAACCAAGUCCCAAAUACAAAAAAUUCUGCUAUGUACCAUUGUGCCCCAACGCGUCGCAUACAACCCCCGAGAAGAUGUUUAUAAUGGUCCCUGUAAACCCCGUGCGCCGGAAAAAGUGGCUACAGGCUGUUGGCAGACCAAACACCAAAAACCCAAAAUCGCCGAUGUUUUGCUGCGAGGACCAUUUUAACCUGAGAGAGGACAUGAGGAACUUUGGGGACCACGUGAAAAAUGGGAAAAUUCAGAUGUUGUUACACCCCACUGUGGUGCCCCACACUUUUAUUUGUAACGACUACGGUCACUUGAAACGUGCAGAACGGAUUAAAGUGUUGCGCAGAUUGCACAAAGAACGUAAUGCGAAACUUGAAGAUGAGGAAACGGAAGUCUUGCAUAUAACUCGACCAACAGCGCGCCAACUUGUUAUUCAAGAAGCCAAAAAGAGAAAAACUGAGGUUGGCAAAACUGUUUUUAUUGAAGUACCCGCCUUUGAGCUUAGCGACCAAUCGGAUUAUUUUGUGGUUAAAGAAGAUGGGGUUGAUACUAUUGUUAUUGAAGAUUCAGAUAUGGAGGAUUAAAGGGGCUGUUAGUUCUUAUUUAUUUGAUGCAAUUAAGAUUUGUUUAUUAUCAAAUUUAAAAAAUUUAUUAAUUAAUUAAGAGGUAAGAAGCUGGAGUGUAACACAUAGUGCGUAUUUUCUAAGAAUAAAUUGUUUGAAACGAA